ACAAUGCCACCGCGCCGCCUUGGUGCUCUCUUGUGCCCAGCUCCAGGGGAGCGCCGUCGCCGGGACUUCUGUACCUGACUGUUCCCACCCUCCAGGCAAGGGGACCCGAGGUCCCUUCUGAACGCUUGGCCAAGCGCUGCUGCGACGGGAGCUGACAUUUCUGAAGCGAUUCUGAUAACACAGCGAAAUUGGCGGAGGGAGCCAGACGCGAGCGACGCAGCCAUCAGCCAGGGAGUCGGCCUCCGUCCGGGGAUCUUAGAAACCCUGCGGGUCAUCAUGAAGUUCCAGUACAAGGAGGACCAUCCUUUUGAGUAUCGGAAAAAGGAAGGAGAAAAGAUCCGGAAGAAAUACCCGGACAGGGUCCCGGUGAUCGUGGAGAAGGCUCCCAAAGCCAGGGUGCCUGAUCUGGACAAGAGGAAGUACCUGGUGCCCUCUGACCUCACUGUUGGCCAGUUCUACUUUUUAAUCCGGAAGAGGAUACACCUGAGACCUGAGGACGCUUUAUUCUUCUUUGUCAACAACACUAUCCCUCCCACUAGUGCUACCAUGGGCCAGCUGUAUGAGGACAACCACGAGGAAGACUAUUUUCUGUAUGUGGCCUACAGUGAUGAGAGUGUCUAUGGGAAGUGAGUGGUGGAAGCCCAGCAUAUGGGAGCACCUGGACUUGGGGGUAGGGGAGGGGUGCGUGUGGGACUUGGGGAAGGAGAGGGAAGGCUCCCACCAUGGAGGAGACAGAAGGUGAAGACAUCAGGAAACAUCACACUGCACACACCAUCAUCAUAUUUUCACAUGCUCAGUUGAUAUUUUUUGCUGCUUCCUCAGCCAGGGAGAAAGAAUGUCAGGACAAAACUGUUGGAUUGGUUUUGACAGAGGAAUGGGGAUGACAUAAUUUUACAGCGUUGCCGAGAAUUCAUUUUUGUGCAAUUUCAUAGUAGGGUCAGGAGGUGGGCAAGUCAGGGCCAGAGAGGAUUGCAGUCCAGCAGCAACUCCCUGCUCUCUCUUCUCUUUGGGCAGAGAUUCUCUUUUUGACAUUUGCUCAAGACACAUAGGGAAAGGGAGCAGGUGGGUUUUAGGACUUGUAGUGGACCAUGCCUGGGGACCAAAAGAGACCCACUAUAGUUGAAGCACUGAUCUCCCGUAUCGCCACACCUCCUCCCUCUCAUCCUAGUCGGAAUCUCAGACACAAACAUCGCAGUACCACCCCAGUGGUGGCAAUAGACAUUGACACAGAAAUUUAAAUGAAGCUCUCUUACUUUUGGAAAACAGAGAUCAGGCAUGAAGCUGAUAUGCUUAUGAGAAUAGUUUUGAUAGCAUCAAACUGGAAUUGACUGAGUGUUGAUCAUCUCUGUCUAACCCGCUCUCUUUCUGGUGCCCCUUAUCCCACAGCUAUCUUGGAAUUUAAUGAGCCUCAGGUAUUUCCAGUUGCAGGCUAAAACCACUCCUUGCAUUUCCUAUGUAUAGGGACAGAGAUGUCUUAUGUAUGGAAGGGGCAGGAACGAGGUAAGAUAGUCUGUGCCUACCACAUGUCCAGAAUUCUCGCUCCCUUGCUGCUGUCCCUUCCGUCUCACACACACAGGAAUGCUAUGUGACGGCCAGCUGCUUCCCCCCUUUGGUUUUCAUCUACUGCAGCUGCUAGUUAGAGUUUGGAGGGAUGACUUUCAGUAAUUCAUGGGGAUUUUAUUGAUUUAUUUUCACUUUAGGGGUUAUGUGGGGUGGGUGUGGGGAGCAGGAAUUGCACUCAGACAUGACAUUUCAAUUCAUCUCUGCUAAUGAAAAGGGUCCUUCCUGUUGGGGGAAGUCUGUGUCAGUUCUGUCAGCUGAAGGCUCUUGUAUAAUGAAGUCAAUGCUGUCAGGCCAAGGAAAUAAAGUAUUUGCUUACCUUAAAAAUUCACCUGAA